AUGGAUCCAAUCCAAUCCGCCAAAUCAUCGAAACUUAUUAAAAUUGGAUUGGAUUGGAUUGGUCGAUUGGGGUUGGAUCUUGUACCCCCUAACUUGUAUUAUAACACGUGGACGAGUUAUACCACCACUGCUUACACAAUCUUUCUUGGUGGAAAUUUGAUUUCUAGGAGUUCCCGCAAACAAAGAUCCGUUGCUCGCUCCUCCACCGAGGCUGAGUAUCGUGCCACUGCCUUCACCGCAGAGCUCUCUUGGCUGCAAAACUUACUUUGA